AUGUCCCACUGCCACGACGAACACGUCGGUCACGGCGCGCACGACCACCACCAUGGCGACGAACAUGACCACUCAGACGACAUCACCCCAGCCCUGCAGUCGUCGCUCUACCAGCAAAUCAACUUUGAUGAAAUCACGACACUCAAUGAGUCGACACGAGACGCCGGCAAGGCCAUCGUCAAGAAGACGUGGGCAGAGAGACUAAGUGCCGAGCCAGAGCUAGCAAGCGAUGCCGAUGAACAGCUGCUCAUGACUGUACCCUUCGCGGCCCAAGUCAAACUCCACUCCAUCCUCAUCCGCACAUCCCCAUCCCUCUCUGCCCCAAAAACACUCCAUCUCUACGUCAACCACGACAAUCUGGACUUUUCAACGGCAGAAGACAUGGAUCCAGUGCAAAAGAUUGAGCUCUCCCAAACGUCUGACGUGCAAGAGAUUCCCGUCAAGAGGGCGCUGUUUGGCAGAGUCCAGCGGCUGGUGCUAUUCUUUAUGGAUAAUUUUGGGGAUGGCGAUGAAGAUGUUUCGCGGAUUAGUUAUGUUGGAUUCAAGGGCGAGUGGACAAAGCUGGGCAAGGCGCCGACAAACAUUUUAUACGAGGCCGCGGCGCAACCGGGGGAUCACAAAAUCAAGGGGACCAGUGUGAAUCAGAUGGGAAGUGGUAUUGGGGGCAGAGGGCCGGGCGUGUAG